AUGUCGGUUUACGGUGCACCUCAACGAGGCCGCAGCGUCGGUACAGAAGCGAAUCUGUACUCAGACAAACCGCUCUCCAGCGGUGCUGCAACCCCAAUUCUCGCCACUCACCACACCACCUUCCCUCCACCACCGGCUCAACAUCGCAACAAGUUCUCAGUAUGGUGGCACUCCCAGUCUCGCACGCGGAAGAUCCUCUACCCGCUCAUCCUCUUCAUCAUCAUCCUCGCCAUCAUCCUUGGCGUUGCACUCGGUCUCACCGUCGGUAAACCAAAAGAAGAUCCCAAUCCGAGCUCCGACUACGUCCCAACCACCAUUUCCGGAAACCGCACCUCACUCCUUCAACCCGGUUACUGGUACACCGCUCCUAAGGACGGAACCAACUUUGCGUGGACUUCUGCUGAUCCUCAACUCGGCAACUAUCAUGCUGAAAGCCAAGGGGUCGAUAUCAUCAUCAAUACCUCUCAGAGAUUCCAGGAGAUUGACGGAUUUGGUGGAGCAAUGACCGAUAGCUCCGCGUAUCUGUUGACGAGAAUGAAGCAGAGAGAAAAGAAUCUGUAUGGACGGGUGAUGGAUUUCAUGUUUAGCAACGCUACGGGGAUCGGGAUCACAAGAGCUAGUCUGGGUGCGAGUGACUUUUCUAUCGGUCAGGAGUAUUCUUAUAUUCCUCAGCCACUGGAGUUCGCUGCUGCUGCGAACCAGCUUAACAAUCCGAACUCGCUGCUAAGUAGCUUCAGCGUUGAUGGAACACAGUCCAGCCAGUACACAAUCCCUGUGUUGGUGGAUGCGAUGAAGCGCAACCCCAACCUCAAAGUCGUACUGACACCCUGGAGUCCACCGGCGUUCAUGAAAUCAAACAACACCAUGAACGGCGGUCGACUUCGCAACGAUGACUUCAUUCCCCUUCUUGCGCAGUACUAUGCUCAGGCAGCCAACACUUGGACCCGCGCAGGUGUUCGACCGUACGCGUUGACGCUGCAGAAUGAACCCUCGCAUAUUGCUUCGUACCCUUCAAUGGGUAUGGAUUCCUCUCAGCAGUCCAAGUUGGCUGUGGCGCUCAAGUCCAAGCUCAGUCAGAGCGGGUUGAGCGGAGUGCAAGUUUGGGCGCACGAUGACAAUUAUUCUGGCUACGACAACGCUGCUGCUAUUGUAAACGAUAACUCUUCCGCGAUCGAUGCAGUUGCUUUCCACUGCUACCGUGGUGACCCUUCCCAAAUUGCUCAGUUCGAGAGCGCCCUUCGUGGCGCAAGGAAAGACGUCCACAUGACGGAAUGCACAGGUACCAGCAGCCCAGCAACUCGUUGGGAAGGAAUACAAGGCUGGCUCAACCGUGUCUACUGGCCUGUUUCCCAGCAAAACUCUCGUAGCUUUAUCCAGUGGAAUAUCGCCCUUGAUUCUGGGUUCGGCCCUCAUCUCAAGAGCUCCUACUGCUCAACCUGUACAGGUUCUUUGACCGUUUCGUCGCAGCAAAACCCGUCUGAUCCAUACGUGGACUUCAACGAUCAGCUCUACCUCAACGCACACUUCUCUGCCGCCACUACGGAUCUGACCAAUGUUGGAGGAGGUAAAGCCGUGAGAGUGGGUGCAGAGCAGGGUAGCCAGCACUCGUUGCAGAGUGUUGAUUGGGAGUGUUUGGAUUGGUUAGCGUACGCAGCACCACUCAGUGCAAAUGAAUUGCAGAAUGCAAGCAACCAGAACAAUGCUCAGCCUACAAGGAGGCUUGGAUUGGUGAUUGCCAACACUUGUGAGGAUACGAAGAAUGUUGUCGUUUCAAGUGAUGGUAGGAGAACGACAUUGCCUGUCAGGAACGGAAUGUCUUCUUUUGUUUGGACUGCUCCCUGA